CUGAGGCGUUCGGAUGCCCCUUUUCAGGACUAGAGUUUGUACAGAGCCGUGUCAUCAUGGCGGUCGGGGCCUGCCUGACUCGGCCCCUUGCCGGAUGCCUCUGCGCGACAAGCUACGACACGCAGCUGUACCUCAAAAAGCGAAACAACAGCCUUGUCUUGCUACUUUAUUGUUCACAGACAAAGAGGCACCUCCCGACGUUUGAGGCCUUUUCGUCAUUACUAACCCGAAUUUGAUUCAGUCUUCAACUCAACAUGGGUGACAGCGAGGUCUUGCUUAUCUUGCUGCACUGGACACCUCCAGAAGCGUUCGUCCGGAUGCUGUCACAGCGCAGCCCCGGCAUUCGUGUGAUCGUGCACACGACCUCGAUGAGCGAUACAGAAGUCCCCAAAGAAAUCACCGACGAGACGUGGGCAUCUGUUACCGCGCUCCUGACUUGGAAGCUGCUUCCAACAAAGGAACAAGCUCCAAACCUUCGAUACGUCCAACUCCUGAGUGCCGGCGCGAAUCAAAUUUUUGGCAAACCCAUCUUCGAAGACACUGAUAUCGAUUUUUGCACUGCCAACGGCGUGCAUCCACCUCAAAUCGCCGAAUGGGUUUUCGCAACCUUCCUCGGCUUCCAACAUCAUCUUGCGGAGCACUAUGAUAACCAGAAGCUGGGCAAGUGGGUUGAUCCUGAGUCGGACGAAGAUGUUGAAGACGCUGUCGGUCUGCGAGUAGGAAUCCUGGGCUAUGGCUGCAUUGGCCGUCAAGUUGCUAGAGUAGCAAAAGCCUUUGGCAUGGAGAGUUAUGCCUUCACUCUACACGAACGUCCAACUGCUGAGUCGAGAAAAGAUGACUCUUUUACCGAACCUGCUAUGGGCGACCCUCAGGGAGACUUCCCGUCGAAGUGGUUCUCUGGUACCAAGCAGCUGAAUGAUUUCCUCGACUCGGAUCUAGAUCUCCUCGUCAUCACCCUACCACUCACGCCGUUGACCAAGCACAUGAUUUCGGCCGAGCAAUUCACGAUUCUCAGUAAAAAGAGGACUUUUCUCAGCAACGCAGGUAGAGGGGCCAUCGUCCACACUGAGGACUUGAUCGAGGCGCUUCAACAGGGAAAAAUAAGAGGCGCAGCGCUUGAUGUCACGGAUCCCGAGCCAUUGCCUCAGGACCAUCCGCUGUGGAAGGCCCCCAACGUCACUAUUACACCGCAUUGCAGCGGCAACUCAAAUCACUAUAACGAACGAGUUCUGAAAAUUCUUGCAUACAACCUGGAGCGAAAAGCUCAAGGGAAGACAGUCGUCAACAAGGUAGAUAGACGCCUGAGAUACUGACAGCACUCCAAGAUAUCUACUCUGCGACCCUUCUUAUGGUUAUCGAUUCCACUAUCCCUCCGCAGACUAUAUUAUAUUGUUAGGGGAUAAAAGAACAUAGACUUAUACUUGCCAUGAAACUUAAUGCCAGUAUCUACACUUACAG